AUGGGAAUAGAAGGAGAGCUUAAAAAUGGUGAAGCAAAGGCGACUCCGAAUCGGACUUUCGCAGAAAUAUGCUCAUGUCCUGUUUGCAUGGAGGUCUUUAAAGACCCAGUUCAACUGUCGUGUUGCUUCAAUCAUCUGUGUAGAGGAUGUUUCGACAGGAGCGCUCAAGAGGGCUGUCCAAUGUGCAGGAAUCGAAAUGUUCGAUCCGAGCGCGUUGCUCCGAGUUUGAAAAAACAUCUUCGAAAAGUCCGUAUGCUUUGUAAGCACACAACUUGUCCACAGAAUAAGGAAGGCAUUUCAGUUGCAGAUUAUGAAAGUCACGUUCAAUUUUGCCGCCAUGCUCCUGAAAUGUGCGAGUUUUGCGAGCAAAACUUUUCCCAAUUGAUGAUUAGCGCCCACAAAGAAAAUGACUGCACUGAAAGAUGGAAAAGAUCCGCACGGUCGGCCAAAGACCUUGAACAGGAAAAUUCUCGGCUCAAAAAUGAAGUUCAUCGAUUGAAACGGGAACUACAGAAUAAGGAUGAUGAAAAUCAGAGGCAUGUACGAGCAAUUCAGCAAACCGAUUACGACAUAAAAUUAUUGAAAGAAGAUAUUCGGAGAAGAGACUCCGAAAUCUCGAUUUUGAAGGAACACAAUGAGAAUCAUGGUCAAAUUAUGGCUAAGACGAUGAGGGAACAAAUGGAAGCAAUGUUGAGGACCAUGACCAUUAACGGACAAGUACCGGUCCAUUCGAUGAAUCCUGGUCCAAUUCCAUCUCAAGGCUUUUCUCCUUAUGCACCUCCUCCUCAGCAAACGAAUAAUUCAAACAUAGGCGGACUCAAUCAAAGUUACCAGUCAGAAAUUGAAUACUUGACUAGUACCCAAGAUCUUUCCCGGUCGGGUGGAUCAACAUCAUCAACCUCCUCAUUCGUGAAUAAAUCAUACGAAAAAGAAAAUCCGUUCCGAAAACACCCAAUCAUGUCAACGCCAAGUCUUGAGAACGUUGAAGAACAGCGCACAACCAGUAAUCAAAAGCACGCGAUGCCAGCCCCACCUGCACCGACAAAUGUCUCUGUUGCUCGUGGGUUCUGGAAUAAAACUCGACUUACCACGAUAAAUGUCCAAAUUCGUCACAAGGGUCAGACUGUAAAAAAUGUUGUCUUGAACGUUGAAUCUGCGGACAAUCUUGAGGCACAAAUUCUCAAUGAAGUCCAACUAUCCGGAUUAUACAGACUUUUUUACAAUUUUGAGGGAGAAGAAGAUGCAGGGUUCUUCAAAGAUGAAGAUAUCUACUACUGUAAUUCUAACCUUUACAGAAAAAUGACAGUUGCUUCUGUCUCUUAUCCUCAGGGCUUCGAAGGCUACUACCCCAAAGACACUUUCUACACCAACCAAACUCAACCUCAAACAGUCUCUUUCGGCCAUGCAACUUACCUCUCCAGCCAAGACCCUCAAUUCCACUCCUGGCAACUGGGAGGAGGCGUUUACCCUUCUCAGAUCGGUUCUGUAAGCUCAGCCAUGAGCAAUCUGUUCCCUCCAUUUUCCAGAAGCUCGGCGCAAAAGGUUGACAUUGCUUGCCAAUGGAUCCUCCCUAACGGUCAGCAGUGCGGUCAACAGUUUCAAUUUAUGUCCGACGUUGUUCAUCACGUGACUAUGGAUCAUGUUGGCGGACCUGAAAAUGUUGAUCACGCCUGCUACUGGGCUGGAUGCUCGAGAGAUUGCGCUCCUUUCAAGGCUAAAUACAAGCUUGUCAACCACAUCCGCGUUCAUACAGGCGAAAAACCCUUUGUCUGCCCCUUUCCAAGCUGCGGGAAAACCUUUGCUCGAAGCGAAAAUUUGAAGAUUCACAAAAGAACUCACACAGGAGAAAAGCCAUUCAAAUGCGAGUUCAAAGGUUGUGACAGACGAUUUGCCAAUUCCAGCGACCGAAAAAAGCACUCAAACGUUCAUUUCACCGAGAAACCCUACCAAUGCAAGGUUGAAGGGUGCGGAAAGACGUACACUCAUCCAUCUUCGCUGAGAAAGCAUCUCAAAGUGCACGAAAAUCUGGAGACUCCAAACAGUGAAAAGAUUUCCGACGCCAACUCCAUCAACUCUUCCAACUCUAUCGGCUCUCAGUCCCCAAUCAACAACUCUCAUAAUUCCGAAGAUUCUCAUCAGGAUCAUCGAGAACGUCUUCCUUCAUUUGAGCGAAUCCAAGAUGCAAACGCUGGAGUUCCAAUUGUCUACGACACUCAGCCAAAUGCCUUCCCAGCUGAGCAUUACAGCAGCUAUCAAGGAUUCUUAGAGACCGACCAUGGCGCUCAGCCCGCUGCAAUCGAAUCUCAACCUCCUGUUUCCAAUUCCGGGUUAGACCUCAACCUCUGGUCAAACAGCUACUGGUCGCAGCCUCAAAUUAUCCAACAGCAAACCUUCUAA